ACUCGGAAUUGGCGGGAAGGCCGCACAAUCACCGCCGCUGCUCAUCGUCGUCGGCAGUUAUCGCUCGGGGCUGAUUGGUCUGCUGCCAAGAGCACAGCGUCGCUGCUGUCGCCGUCGGCACCCAUCCAAGCGCUUGCACUGCAUCUGUCUCGGGAGCAUCUCCGAGGCCAUCUGCUGAUCAUCCAACUCGGUCUCUGCCGCCAUGGCCUCCAUAGAAGUGCUGUUUGAAGCGAUAAAGCAGAACCGUGCCGACGACGUCCGGAACAUCCUCCUCAACGACAAGUCUCUCACAUCGGCCAAGCACCGAGAUCCCACCAUCAAGUUCGACGCCGAGCUGGAGCUGGACGCGUACAAGUUCCUGGGAGCUUAUCUCGGCAGCAUUACUGCUCUGCAGUGGGCGCUCAUGUGCGGCCAGGAUGCAAUUGCAAAGGACAUUGUCGAGCGAACGCUGAAGGACGAUAUUGACGUCGCGUUCGGGGGCGGCAACACAGCGCUCCAUCUGGCCACAUUCUUGGGUGCCCGCGAGCUGGUCAAGCUGCUUCUCGAGCGGGGCGCCGAUCGGUCCAUCAAGAACUCGAAAGGAUUUGCCCCCGUCGACCUCGUUGACGACCCCGAGAUCAAGCGCAUCUACGAGUCCAAUUGAGCGGCCGGAAUACGAGAGUGUCUGGCUGAUGGCCCUGCGUCCCAGCAUCCGAAAUAAAGGCCUGCAUGCGACCGCACCAGACAGAUCU